AUGACUAGGGGUAAGGAGACCCCUCGGGUUACCCUGUUCCCAGCCUUGCCACUGACAGCGCUGGACAUGCUGCCAACCCAGGCCUUGCUGAGGUUGGCAAUUAGUUUGGUGGCCAUUGUGAUAGCUCCGGUGGAAGUGACGUCAUCCUACACACCGGCACUUCCGGAGCAGCUGUACAAAGCUCGCCCUGGCGUCGGUCGCUGUGUUAACUGUACUAGAACGAUUGUAGGCCUUAACAGAUCAGUGACGGAGAAAAUUGAACUGGAGCGAAUUAAAGACCGGAUUAUGAGAAAACUUGGCUUGAAAACUAUACCAGGACUAACUGCAGAAGCGCUUACGACAACUGAAGUUAGUAAAUCUGAAGUGAAUGUCAGCAAGGCGCCUAAGGAUGAUCAACCGGGCAUGUACCAGUACAUCGACAUCAUCUCCAAAGCAGAGCCACCAGAUGGUAUCAACGAUAAAAGCGUUCUUCAGUUUAAAGUGCAAGAGAAAAAGAAGGAAGACGGCGUGGGUGUCCAUAGGGGAUACCUUUACGUCUUCCUGAAGAAACGCGGGAAAAAAUUGAAAGGAAACAAACGCAUCACUUUGCGAAUUUCCACAGUCGAUGACAAGGGCAAACCCGAUGAAUUAUUGACUUCGCUGAAAAUGCGACUAAAAGAAUCGAAAUGGCAAAAAAUCGGCCUGCCCUCUGACCUUCUAAAUGGGGUGUUGAAAAACCCUAGCUCUCCGCUUAAGCUACAUGUGCGGUGUAAAAAGUGCAAGAAAAGUGUCAAACCCAUUCUUCUCUUUAAAUCAAACAAGAACAGACGUAAGACAAGAAAAGGUCGUACACGUAAACAGCAUCGGAAUAGGAAGCCAUCUUUGAACAAAAAGCGUCCGCUGAUAGUCAUCCACACACGAACUUUGAGGACGCGUUCUAAGAGGCAUACGCUCAGCUGUGUGCGGGGAUCAAGCGAGCAUGCGCAUCCCCAUAACGCCAGCAUUGUAGGCGAAAUCAACAACAACUGUUGUAAAAGAUCCUAUUAUUUAAACUUUACGGAUAUAGGCUGGGACGAUUGGAUCAUUUCGCCGGAAGGAACCGUUGUCGCUGAGUGCAACGGCCGUUGUGGCAACAGGAGGCCAACCUCCUUCCUGGACUCCGUGUCGUCACGCGGACAGCCUUCCGGUAGAGGGCGCCGUCAGCGGAACAGACAAUGUCGUCCUACGAGAAGCUCGCCACUUGUCAUGGUGUAUUUUAACGAGUCUCUCCACGUCGUUCAGAGACGAAUACCUGACAUGAUAGUCUCGAGCUGUGGAUGUCGGCAAGCGAACUAACAAAAC